UUCGUCAUCGCGAAUAUCAUCGGCGGGCCGCGGCGGUGGACGGAGGAGGGGUGAAAGUCGAACGGCUUGGCCAAUGUGCCAAAAUGCCAAUAGUCGCCUGGUCGCUACGCCACGCACAGGGACGCGUUUACUCACCGUCACACGUCGUACGGAAGCGGAACGAGUCCGCGUCAAAUCGAUUCCAGUCGUCGCCGCCGCCACCGCCGCCGUAGUCGUUGUUGUUGUUGUUCCUGUUCAAUUCACAUUGUUACGAUGUCACCGAGAUCGCCUCACUUGUCCGAUGGUAGAUCCGUUUGAUCCGCAAUACCGCCCGUACGACUAUCGCGUCGUUAGCUAUUUAUUCACUGAUAUUUAUUUGAAAUGACUUUUAAAGGCUGUAUGAAAAGGAUUGUUGUAUUUUAGAUCUUUCAAUUUCAAACUACUUUAUUAUAGCUUCGUUGUGCUGUGAAAAAUACAUAUAUCUCAAUAAUGGCACCAUGCAUGUAUUUUUCAUUUAUGAAACCUGUGAUGAUAUUCUUAUUAAUUUGUGUUCUCGCGACAUGCUACAUAACAACGAGUUUCUUUGCGAUAAUAUUAUUUCUCAUAUUCAUAGUUGUACCUAUUGUUUUUCGGUACUCGCCAUCACUUCAAAGAGGAAUGAUUUUUCUUAAUUAUGUCCGUAGACCAUUCAACGUAAACUAUAGCCAACCCGAAGUUUAUGGUCUCAGAGGAACUAGAAAUUUUUACAUAAAUACAAAUGAUAAUAUGACAUUAGGAGUUUGGCAUGUAUUACCACGUAAUCUAUUGGACAAAUACGAAAAGGAUAAAUCGAAUUACGAACAGCUUUUAAGCCACGGCGAACCGAUCGUGAUUUACAUGCACGGUAACUCGGGUACCAGAGCUAACGAACAUCGAGUACAGCUUUACCAUGUCCUAAGGAAUAUCAACUGCCAUGUGUUAGCUGUAGAUUACAGAAGUUAUGCCGAUUCUACAGAUGUGGAAGUGAGCGAGUUAGGAGUGGUGACCGACGCGAUGGAAAUGUUUAAAUGGACACAUAAACGUGCAAAUGGAACACCAAUCUUCGGCUGGGGUCAUUCAUUAGGCACUGGAAUUGGCUCACAUGCGUAUUCAUUGCUAGAAAAAGAAGAUAUUUAUCCGAAUGGUCUCAUACUAGAAGCGCCUUUUACCAAAAUGAGUGAUGAAAUAAGAGAAUAUCCACUUACCAAGAUUCACCGUAUGUUACCAUGGUUUGAAUUUUUCAUCAUUGAGCCUGUACAAGAAAAUAAUAUUAUCUUUGAUACGGAAAAACAUUUGAUGGAUACGAAAAUGUCAAUACUAAUUUUACAUGCAAAAGAUGACAUUGUAAUUCCUUAUACACUAGGCGAAAAGUUGUACAAUCAUAUAUUGAAGACUAGAGUAAAUGCUACUACUGAAUUAGUUUUGUAUGAUGCUCAUCUUAAGUUUGGACAUAAAUUUAUAUGUAAAGAUAAAGAAUUAGGGAAUCGAAUAAGAAAAUUCAUUGACGAUUCUAUAAAUAAUGCACCUCAAUAAAUGUAUACUUAUCUCAUUGGCCGUUACUAUAGAUGUUAAUAUUGCAC